GUCGCGCUGGGGUUGGGACCUUUGACACGAGGCCGGUCUGGGCCUAGCGCGUGGUGGGACGUUGUCGGUGUCCGGGAGCGGGCCGUCUCCUUGGAAACGGCAACCAGCUACCCUAACCACCCCGGUAGCUAGACCACAUGUUACCUUGUAUCUUAUUCAGAGCAGUUGGUGCUGUCAGGUAGUUCUGCUAGCUUUUAACUCUCUUAAAGACCUGUGAAAGAUGGGGAAAGCUCAGAAAAAGAAGAUUUCUUCUGAUAACAUACGAAAGAGAAAAUCUACAAGAGACAUUAAGACAAAUCCGUUUGAGGUGAAAAUAAACAAGCAGAAGUUUAAUAUACUUGGCCGGAAAACAAAGCAUGACCGUGGGUUACCUGGAGUAUCUCGAUCUAAAUCUAUUAAAAGGCGUACAGAAACUUUGCUGAAAGAAUAUCAGAACAAGGGGAAGGCCAAUAAAUUUCUUGACAAACGAUUUGGUGAAUAUGAUACUACGUUAACUCCAGAUGAAAAGAUGACAAAGAGGUUCUCCUUGGAGCAGCAGCGGCAGCAUACAAAGAAGGACAUAUACAACCUGAAUGAAGAUGAAGAUCUCACCCAUUACGGGCAAUCCCUGGCAGACAUUGAGAAGUUUAAUGACGUGCCAGACAGUGAUGAUGAAAUGGAGGAAAAGGGCCUUCUGUCAGCUGAAUUCACUGCGGCUGCACACUUUGGCGGCGGUGGGCUGUUGCAGAAGAAGACAGCAUCUAAGCAACAGGGUGAGGAGGAGGAACCGGCACCCAAGUCCCGGAAAGAGUUAAUUGAUGAGCUUAUUGCUAAAUCUAAGAAGGAGAAGUAUGAGCGGCAGGUGCAGCGAGACAAGGCACAGGAACUGACUGAGAAGCUGGACAAAGAUUGGAAGGAAGUCCAUUCCUUGUUGGCUCAUAAAGCUCCCAAAAAGGAGCGCGAGGAGGAGAAACCCAAGGCUGGAGAUUAUGACAUAAUUGUACGUGAGCUGUUCUUUGACAUGAAGGCACAGCCCUCUGACAGACUGAAAACCAAGGAAGAGUUGGCGAAGGAGGAGCAGGAACGCCUACAGAAACUUGAGGCAGAGAGAAUGCGUCGGAUGCGUGGAGAAUUUGUCGAGAAAGGCAACAACAAACUGAAACACAUGUCUGCAGAUGAUUUGCAUGAUGGCUUCAUCCUGGAGAAGACUGAUAAUCCUUGUCUUGUUUACAAGGAAGGAAAGCUGGAGAAUUUUGAGGAAGAAGAAAAGAAACUGGCAAGUGAAAAUGAAGUGGAAAAUGGGGAAGGUGAAGAGAGUGAUGAGGAUGAAGAUGGGGAAGAGAACCAAAGUGAAGAGAGUGAUGAAGACAGUCAUUCAGAUGUAGAAGAUGAUAGCCAUUCAGAUUUAGGCUCAGAUGUCGAAAGUGAGAAGGACAGUCUUGCGGCUGAUGAAAAACCAGCUCAGUCCACUUUGACUGAAGAGAGUGCACCAAAUGAAGAAGCAAGAAAAGCUAUGAUGGAAGCAGCCAAGACUGAACUACCUUUCACUUUUCCUGUCCCUGAGUCAUAUGCUGACCUGAAGUCCCUGCUAACUGGGCAUGUAUCAGAGGAACAGGGUCUAAUAGUAGAACGCAUUCAGAAGUGUAACCACCCAAGUCUUGCAGCAGGAAACAAAGCCAAGUUAGAGAAACUAUUUGGUUUCCUGUGGGAAUAUAUUGGGGAACUGGCAACCAGGCAGCCAGCAGAACUGAAGACAAUUGACAAGAUGGUGCCGGAGUUAAAUGAACUGUCGCAUUUAUUCCCUGAAGCUGCAUGCAGCUGUGUUCAAUCAACCCUUCGACAAAGUAUGCAGGAACUCGAGAACCAGCUGCAAGUCAAAGGUCGGGCUUCAUUUCCUGGAUUAGAUAAGCUGCUUUACAUAAAGAUUGCAGGAGCUCUGUUCCCCACCUCUGAUUUCCGACACGUAGUUGUGACCCCUGCGCUGGUGUACAUGAGUCAGAUAGUCACCAAGUGCUCUGUCACCUUACUGCGGGAUGUUGCUGCUGGACUGUUUGUGUGCUGCCUCUUCCUGGAUUAUGUUGCACUCUCAAAGAGGCUGAUUCCUGAGGUUAUCAACUUCCUUCUGGGAAUUCUUCACAUGGCAGUACCUAACAAAAGCACCUUGGGGUACACUCUGGUGCCACCUUUUAAACCAUCUGCAAAAUCCUCUGACCUGAUGGUGGUGAAAGAUAAAAUGGCUGCCAAAUCAUGGGAAAUGAAGCCUUUGUCAAUUACCCAGAUACAGAGGGUGGAACAGCAGGAUGAAUCACAAACUGUGAACUUCAAGUUGUCCUGCAUAGCCUUGUGUCUUAACCUGUGCAAGCAAUGUGCCUCCUUGUAUAGGUCGUUACCUUCAUUUCGGGAAAUAAUUAAUCCACUGGAAAUGCUUCUUACCUCACAUCUACCUGUGAGUGAUUACCCAGCUCAGCUCCAGGAGUUAUAUCACAAGGUCCUAACGGAAGUGCAAGAAAGGCCAGCAUCCUAUAAGCCACUUGAGUUUGAAAAGAAGAAACCAGUCCCUUUAAAACUGUUCACACCCAAAAUAGUGGAAGUCUCAGAUUACGGGCGAAAACGAGGUGGUACCCGGCAAGAGAAAGAGCGAAUGAGGCUCAUCCAUAAGCACAAGCGGGAAUUUAAAGGAGCUGUUCGAGAAAUCCGCAAAGAUGCACAGUUUCUGGCCCGACAGAAGUUAUCCGAUAUUAUGGAAAGAGAUGCAGAAAGGAAGAGGAAGGUGAAGAUGCUGUUCCAUAAUCUAGCGACUCAGGAAGGUGAAUGGAAAGUCAUGAAGAAAAAGAAGAGGAAAUUAUGAUUUCCUUAGCCUUUCACUGCAGAGAAUGCCACUGUCUCUAACCAAGGAGGUGCUGCUACCUGGAUGAAUGCUCGACAUGAGAAAUGUCACAGAAUCAAAAGUAAACAUUUCCACAAUGGAGAUCUGUGGAAUUGAAUUUGGCAAAGUCAUUAGCCAAAUCUACACCCAUCCACCCUCCUCCAUGAUGGGCCAUGAUAGUUUAUUGCGAACAUUAAUACAUUUUGGCCAGUAGCCAGUUAAUGACUCACUCCAGGAGUGAAUAUUACAUAACCUGCUUCCCAGCAAUUCACUCUCUUAACCUUGAAAUAUCUCUCAGCACAGCACCUAGUGACUGCCUUAAAGUUACUGUUGUAGGUGGGUUUUAUAUCUGAUGGAAGUACAUGUAAUUUUAAUAGUGUACAAAUGUUGAAAAUCUUGAAUAAAGACAGCAAGUACGCAAAUCAGCAAACAGCUCAGACAGCACAUCUGUGCAGCUUAUCGUUUCUGUUUCACAGCAGUGUUUAUUUUCUUCAUUUGUGUUGGUGUACAUUGUCUGCAUUUCCAGCAUGUUCUGGCUUUUCCAAAAAUGGUCCGAGUAUCUUUCAGGAUAGAUAAUAAUUAUGUUGUAUAUCUUCUGGUUCAGCUAAUUCAGAUACUCUGGAGCUGGACCCGGGAGUAAUAUACUGGGUGACUGCACUUGGAAGCAAGGCAGGUUCAAUCAAAACCUUUAAAAAUUAAUAACUCAUCUGAUAAGCUGCAGGUUGUGUACACUUGUUUCUUUGAAUGUGAAAAUGCUGUGCAUUUUAUAUGGAAACGGAAAAUGUAACAGUGAAUAACAGGGAUGUAUUGCACUAAUGUGGAUGUUUUUAUCACAUUGUGCCAACUAAUAGAGGAGAGCUGAGUUCAUGGCUUAUGUAGGCAAAAGUGAGGACUGCAGAUGCUGGAAAUCAGAGUCCAGAUUAGUGGUGCUGGAAAAGUACAGCAAGUCAGGCAGCAUCCAAGGAGCAGGAAAAUUGACAUUUUGAGCAAAAGCCCUUCAUCAGGAAUGGCUUAAUGGCUCAUGUAUCCCAGGCCUUGUGUCUGUGAAGAUCCAACCAAUUCAAACUGUGAGCAGGUUCAUGGAAAAUGUUUUCAUUCUAAGAAUCAUUUCCUAAUCAUGGCGAGAGAUGGUUCUGGGGUGAAGCAUCUUUACCACAGACCAUUGCCUGCAGUAAGUAUUUAUAUUUUAAAACCAAUCCGAAUGUUGAGAAGCAGCAUUUGUGUUUGUAGAAAUACAGAAAUAAAUAUUUGGAAAUGUUUGCCUAAAUUAUUUCUUUGACUGUGAUAAUUAUGUAUGAAAUAGAAAUAAUUUCCAUGUUUUUAUUCAGAUUGCUAGGGGACCAGUUAUAUAUUUGAUGUUGACUUUAACAAUCCAUUAAACAGCUUCAGCUGAGUCACUGUGAAUGGUGGUGAUGCCACCAGGAAUUGUUUUGUUUUCAUGGCAGGAGUUCAGUGUGUGGGCAAUGGUCUGACUUGGAUGCCACAGUCUUAAUUUGGGCUGUUCCUCGUGUUUCAUUUGUAAAGCACUUUAUGUUUAUAUCAUAUUUUUCACAGUGGCAGAUUGUCCCAAAUGCAAUACGGCCAAUGGAGUGUAGUCAUCUUUUGUAAUUUAAUUUUGAGAAGAUGUGAAAAUGUUAGUUGUCUAUGUCUGCCAAGAGGGAAACCUCCUGUCGCUCUGAUAGGAAGCUAGCUUGUGGUGAGAGUGAACUUGUGAAGUUUUUGUUAAUGUGUGGAGGCUGUUGUGCUACAGCUGCCACACAGUUUUGGCUCACCAGAGACUUUGUGUCCCUUAACUGCCUGUCACAGGCAAAUCAGAAGGCUUCACAGAUCGGAAAUCAUCUGGUUUGGCCUCAUUGUAUCAUACCUUCCUGAUGCUGGACUUGAACCUGAAAAUUCUGGCUGAGAGAGAGGGCCAUUGUCACUGUGCUACAAGACCUAUGGCAAACCCAUAUAUGAGAGGAAAAAGCAAUGCAGAUUCCAAUUUAGCAAGCUUACCUAAAAUGUUUGCUAUAUUAGGUGCCAUUGGGUUAGCUGUUACCAUAGCUUGCAAUGUACUGAUACUGCCCAUUCAAACAUGAAUGAUCCAUAUAAAGUAGCUACAAUCCAUGACAAUGUACUGUCUAUGGACAAGUCAAUAUUGUUUAUAUUAUUCUUAAAAACAAGAAUCAGGAGAAUCAAGAAUAUUUUAUAAAGUUGGAUUUGACCUGACCAGACUCAAAAGGUAAAAGAUUUUCCUCCUAUAGUGAUGGCCUAGAAUUUUCACCACAGAUUUUCAUAUGUAU